AUGGAUUCAUCCACGCCGCUCGUGGUUCUUUGUGGUGACCGCGCGACUGAUGCAUUGGUGCAGACCGCAGCAAAUUUGCAAAAAGCUGGUCAGCGCAUAGCUUCGCUGUGCUCACCAGCUAUAGAGGAAGCUCUUGGAGCAGCCAAGGUGCCGCAUGUUGUAGUUUCCACGCCAACUGACGUGCAGCUUAUGCUGUCUGACAGAGUAGAGGCUGUGCUAGCUCUUCCUCCAAAUCCUUCGAGUGAUGGUGCUUGUGCAAACGCACGCAUUUCUCAGUGGGUUUCUGGCGCCUACUCAUUUGUACGCACUGCCGCGUGGAACUAUAAGCAAAUUAGCGUUAUUGUGGAUGAAAUGGACCUGACCAAGCUACAAAGCCAGAUUUCUCAUGACGGCUUGCUAGCCUUUUCAUUGUGUGAGCGCCGUGCAUUGGCCAAAAAGGCUUUUACUCUAUUUGCCGAGUUAGACACAGCCAUUGCCGCUAAUCUCAGUGAUGACGCUGAGCUGGUCCACGACAUAUUGUUGGUUGGCAACGGUGGUCGUGAACACGCCAUUGCCUGGAAAUUAGCUCAGUCUGCCUCGACUGGCCACAUUUAUGUGGCCCCUGGUAAUGCGGGUACAGAAAACGUAGCUGCCGGCAUCUCAAGCGUCAACAUUGAUGUGAAUGCCCACGAUGAGCUUAUGGCGUUUGCCAAGAGCAAAGGCGUCUCUUUUUGCGUCGUGGGACCUGAGGCUCCACUCAUUUAUGGACUUGCGGACAAAAUGAAUGCAAUUGGUAUUCCGACGUUCGGCCCUAGCAAGCUUGCCGCCCAGUUGGAGGCAUCUAAAGCCUUUUCCAAAGAUUUUAUGCGUCGUAACAACAUCCCAACCGCCGCAUACCAAAACUUUACAGAUUAUGAUAAGGCGAAAAAGUAUGUCGACUUGAUCGAUCACAAAAUUGUCGUGAAGGCUUCAGGUAUCGCUGCUGGCAAGGGUGUGCUUAUACCAAAUGAUAAAAGCGAGACUCAUGAAGCUCUGCGCGAAAUCAUGCUGGAAAAGGCGUUUGGAUCGGCUGGUGACGAAGUAGUAUUGGAAGAAUUCAUGACGGGCGAGGAAGUGUCAAUUUUGGCAUUCUGUGACGGUGAGCGUGUUGUGUGCAUGCCUGGUGUGCAAGAUCAUAAGCGUAUUUUUGACGGCGACCAGGGCCCAAACACAGGCGGAAUGGGUGCUUAUGGACCUGCUCCUUGUCUCACAAGCGAGCUCGAGCACGAGUGCACGGACAUUAUCGAGCGUGUUGUUGCUGCAAUGAGGAAGGAAGAGAUGCCUUAUGUUGGUGUGUUGUACGCGGGGUUUAUGCUAACCUCUACCGGCCCCAAGAUUGUCGAGUUUAAUUGUCGAUUUGGUGACCCAGAGACUCAAGUGGUUUUGCCCUUGCUACACAGUGAUCUGUACGAGAUUAUGCGUGCUUGCGUGGAACAUCGUCUCGAGCGUUCUCUUGUGACAUGGAAGACUGGGGCAGUAGCAACUAUUGUUAUGGCAUCUCAAGGUUAUCCAGACAGCUAUCCUAAAGGAAAAGUUAUAACGGGUCUGGAGAAUGCACAGGCACUGAAUCGCGUUAGCGUGUUUCACGCUGGUACGCAAAUUGCUGUAGACGGAAGCAUUGUAACUUCUGGUGGACGCGUGCUCGCAGUGACCGCUGACGGUCCCUCGUUUCAAGACGCCAUCGACCGGGCAUAUCAAGGAUUGCUGCACGGUGCCAAGAAGAUGAAACUGGCAGUAUUAGGCUCAACUCGUGGUAGCAGCAUGCAACCCAUUCUGGAUGCGAUUGCAGCAGGUGACAUAAAUGCCAGCAUCGAUAUCGUGCUAUGUCAGCGAAGGGUAUCUCGCGUUCUGAAUUUGACGCUCAGCGACUUUUGUAAAGAGUGGGAGAACAGGGUUCUUAACGUGCACCCGUCGCUUCUCCCAGACUUUGCUGGUGGCAUGGACCUCGCAGUGCAUCGCGCUGUAAUUGACGCCAAUAAAACGGAGAGCGGCUGCACUGUCCACUUUGUAACGGAGCAAGUAGACGCUGGACCGAUUGCUGUACAAAUGAAAUGUCCUGUUCUAAAGAUCGAUACGCCAGAAACCCUUAAAGCGCGUGUGCAGACGCUCGAAGGUGCUGCUUUUCUCCACGCGAUCAAACUGGCGCAAACUGGCCGAUUGCUUAAAAAAAAAGCUGAUAAUAAAGAGAUCACAUACGCAGAUGCAGGUGUAAGUAUUGAUGCUGGUAAUGAGUUGGUGAACAGGAUCAAACCGCUUUGUAAGUCAACAAUUCGUGUGGGUUGUGAUGCUGACCUUGGGGGAUUCGGUGGAAUUUUUGACUUGGAAGCCGCGGGAUAUGACAAAGACACGGCACUUGUGGCGUGCACGGAUGGUGUGGGCACUAAGCUGCGUGUGGCGCAAUUGGCAAAGAAACAUGACACGGUUGGAAUUGAUCUCGUUGCUAUGUGUGUCAACGAUCUCAUUGUGCAGGGAGCGGAACCGCUGUUCUUCCUUGACUACUAUGCUUGCGGGAAGCUUGAUGUGGACGCAGCUACAGAUGUGGUAAAAGGUAUUGCGGAAGGCUGCCGUCUAUCCAAUUGUGGUUUGAUCGGUGGUGAGACUGCAGAGAUGCCUUCAAUGUAUAAUAACGGUGAUUACGAUAUGGCUGGCUUCUGUGUGGGAGCCGUUCGCAAAAAUGUCAUAUUACCACUAAAGGUUGAAGCCGGGUUUGCCGUACUGGGUCUGGCUUCUUCGGGUGUACAUUCAAAUGGUUUCUCGCUGGUCCGCAAACUUGUGGAGGUGUCAGGCUUUGCGUACAAUGAUCCGUGUCCAUUUGAGUCUGGUAAAACUUUGGGCGAGACUCUACUAACUCCAACUAAAAUCUAUGUGAAGCAGCUGAUGCCCAUUAUAAAGUUGGGACUAAUCAACGCACUUGCUCAUAUCACUGGUGGCGGUCUUUUGGAAAACAUUCCGCGUGUAUUAACCGAUGACUUGGCUGUAAACAUUGACUGCUCUAGUUGGUCGUUACCUCCCGUCUUUAAGUGGUUGCAGAAGGUGGGAAACCUUUCCAGCACCGAGCUGUCCCGAACCUUUAAUUGUGGAAUUGGUAUGGUGUUGCUGCUGCCGGAAGCAAACGUUGCUGAAGUGACGCGCCAUAUUGAGGCUACUGGCGAAAAAGUCUACCGUUUGGGCUCGACCAUUGCACGUGCUUCUAGUGCUGAACAGGUUGUGCUGCGCGGAACCAUGGCUUAG